GAAUGCGUCAUCAACACGCGCGGACGCUCCGUGGGCGUGUCGUCGUCCGUGCGCGACAGAGAACGUCGAGUUGAAGAGAAUGGCUCGAUAAAUAAGGUUUCAUAAAUUUUGUAUUAGAUCGUUGUUUUUCACAUGAAAUAGAUUUUUCAGCAUCGCAUGUAACAAACUCAAGUGGAUCGAUGUCUUUUCUUCGUUGGGUAUCUGAGAAAUUGAGUGUGGAGAGCCUGCGGGAGUUGGAGUUAUUUGGAGAGCAAGCUCAGGGACUCUCACACAGGAAAGCUCAUGAGGACAGUCAGGAGAGUCUGACCUCUCUGCCUCAUCCAGACAGCAUGGGCAGCUUCCUCCCUGACAGCAGCUCCUAUGAGCUCCUCACAGUUAUUGGGAAGGGCUUGGACGAUUUGAUGACGGUGAAUAUGGCUCGAUACAAACCCACCGGGGAACACGUGGCCAUUCGGCGGAUCGACUUGGAGUCGUGCACUAAUGACAUGGUGACCUAUCUGCAGGGGGAACUCCACGUGUCAAAGUUGUUCCAUCACUCUAGCAUUCUACCAUACAAGAGUGUCUUCAUAGCUGAAAAUGAGCUGUGGGUGAUCACACCAUUCAUGGCGUACGGAUCGGCUAGAGACCUUAUCUGCACACAUUUUACAGACGGUAUGAGUGAACUGACCAUUGCAUACAUCCUGCUAGGGAUGCUCAAAGCGCUGGAGUACAUCCACCACAUGGGAUACGUCCACCGGAGUGUGAAGGCCAGCCACGUUUUGAUAUCUGCAGACGGACAGGUCUGCAUGUCUGGUCUGCGGAGCAUUUUCAGUCUGAUCCGAAAUGGCCAGAGGGCAAAAGUAGUCCACGACUUCCCCCAGUACAGCGUAAAGGUGCUGCCAUGGCUGAGCCCUGAAGUGCUGCAGCAGAAUCUGCAGGGCUACGACUCUCGGUCAGACAUCUACAGUCUUGGUAUCACAGCUUGUGAACUGGCCAAUGGGCACGUGCCGUUUAAAGACAUGCCAGCGACACAGAUGCUCCUGGAGAAGCUAAAUGGGACCGUUCCAUGUUUGCUGGACACCACCACCAUUCCACCAGAAGAGCUGUCCCUGAAGCCGUCCCGCUCCGGCGCCGACUCUGGGAUCUGCGAGGGUCCGAGAACCGGUGGAGUCCGGCACUCAAACGGAGACCCUUCCUCGUCGUCGGGGGGUCACCCCUAUAACCGAACGUUUUCUCCACACUUUCACAACUUUGUUGAACUGUGUCUGCAGCGAGAUCCUGUGAACAGACCAUCUGCUGCUACGCUCAUCAGUCAUCCUUUCAUCAAACAGAUCAAACGCAGACCGUCAGAGGCUCUACCCGAGCUGCUGCAACCCGUGUCGCCCAUCACCUGCUUUGAGAGCACCCAGCCUCUGGACUCAGUUUCUGGACUGGCGAGUCUGGAGUCGGGUUUCAGCCAACUGGAAGUAGAUGACUGGGACUUCUGAGAGUAGAGGACUUUGCGGGAAAGACGAGCUCAAGAUUGUACUGAGCGACUGUGCAGAGGAUGGGAUUUUACGAAUCUUAGUUGUUCUCAGAGGUUAAAAGUGAAGUCAUCUACCCUCUUGUUGGUGACUCACUUCACUUUUGUUCUCUUUGCGGAUUCUUGCUCUGCACUGGUUUAUCUCACACAGGUAUUUACACGGAUUGUACUCUACACACACCCACGAACCAAAAGGACAACUCUUGAGUUUUCUAAAGGUAGAUGUAGCCCAAACCAUAAAGGUCAGGAGACGGAUCAAUGAAAUGCUGCUACGUAAUAUUACCAGGAGAUGCUCCACCGUUUGUGUUAACACGAUUUGGUCCGUCUGCUCCAGGAGACGACCAUAAGGGCACCUAGCAGUCCUCUCUGAGGACUGACAGCAUUUCUUAGCUCCGGUCUGCUACAGCAGAUGCAUCGUCUCACGGUUCAGACUCUUUUGGUGCACAGGUUGUAAUUAUUAGUUUAGCAUUAAGAGCGUAAAAGUUAGCCUUUUCUUCGGCUCUCUGGGUGUUACUGACGUCAGAUGUAAAUGUUUUCUUGGUGCUGGUUUUGUCUGCAUGUAUAUUUGAAAGUUUGGACAAAGCAACGUGUUACAAAUGUAAAACUUUUACUACAAACCCAGGCCUGCUUCAGUGUUUCAACAUGAUUGUACAAAAGGAACCGAGGCCAUGAACUUUAUUAGAAAUGUACACAGACAAACACAGAGAGGGUUCUAAAGCGUGUUCUAAUCUUCUUCGUCUGACGGUGGCUGGUCGGCUAAAGCGUUGCGUUUCUCCAUCUUGGCAAUCAGCUCUAGAAUAAAUGACAAUAAAACAUCAA